GGAAGCUUGACUCGCCGGAAUCAACCCCCAAAACCAGAAUGAACGGAGAGAGCAACCACUGCACAAUCACGGUGAGCGGGCGCAGCUGGUCUUCUCGCAUGGAGGACCGGUUUCAGCAGAAGCCGUCUCUUCUGAGGCCCUCGGCCGGCACCUCCUCUUGCUACAUCUUUAGAGCGCCGAAGAGCCAGGUGGAGAGCAACCCCAACGCUUACAACCCCCGGAUUGUGUCCAUUGGCCCGUACCACCACGGGAAAGAGCAGUUGAAGUUGAUCGAGCAGCACAAAACUCGAGUGUUCUCCACACUGCUCGAUCGGACCAGAGGUGGUGCGGGCCUGGAUGAUUACUUCACGGCUGUUGCCUCGCUGGAGACUGACAUACGGGAUAGCUACUCAGAGGCUCUCAAUUGUGAAACCUCGGAUUUGAUUGAGAUGAUGGUUCUCGAUGCUUGUUUCAUUAUCGAGUUAUUUCGCAUCCACACCAUCGGCACCGAGAAGAUUCCACAGUAUGAUGACGACCCCUUGUUCUUCACGCUAUCAAUUUUAUCGUCCCUCAUGAUUGACCUCCUCCUGAUUGAAAACCAGAUCCCGUUCUUCGUUCUUCAAAAGAUCUAUGCAUUAUCCAAGUCUCCUGAAGAUGCCAACCACUCCCUCGAAAAGAUCGCCUUAGGGUUCUUCAACCGCGCACUCCGAUGGCCAGAGGAACAUCUCCAGAAGCACUACAGUGUCUCCAAUAUCACGCACUUGCUCGACUUGUUCCGACUGUGCUUGGUCGGCCAUUUGGACAUCGAAAAACCUCCAGAGGUCAAGGUCGAUGAAGAGUUGCUGCAACUAAUUCCCUCUGCUAAUCAGCUGCUUCUUGUGGGGAUAAAGCUUGAACCAAGGAAGAGCGAGAACCUAAUAGACGUCGUGUUUGAUCACGGAGUGCUCCGGAUCCGUCCUUUGACUCUCGACAUUUUCACCUGUUCCUUCUUCCUCAACUGCGUGGCUUAUGAGCAGUGCUACCAUUACUGCUCCGAGCACAUCAGCACUUACGUGGUAUUCAUGAGAUGUCUCAUGGGCACCGCGGCAGAUGCAGCGGCCCUGUCUCAGUGCGGCAUAAUCACGAACUUUCUAGGGACAGACACGGAGGUCAUAAGGUUCUUCAAUGAUCUCGCUAAGGAUGUCGAGUUCGAUAUCGAGUUGAACUACUUGACCGAGGUAUUCGGGCAAGUCAACCAGUACCAUCGGAACAAGUGGCGGUUGCGAUGGGUGGGAAUCAAGCACGAGUACUUCGGCAGCCCCUGGUCCUUCAUUUCGGCUGCUGCUGCUUUCAUUCUCCUAGUUCUUACAGUUAUCCAGGCCUUCUUUACCAUUUACCCUUAUUAUCAUCCCAAGAAGUGACCAAGCUCUCCGACACGGCUUCAGAGAGAUAUAUGAUGUUGAUGUCCCAUCCAUUUAGUUUGGAGAAAUCAGACCAGUAAAAUUUGUGCAUCAUAUCCGGGUUUUGCUUUGGCUACUGUACUCUUAAUUCGUUUUGGAUUGCUUAAACUUAAUUACAUCUUCAUCGCUGCAAAUAGAUUAGCAAAUUUGACGAA